CACUCCUUGGCUUUCUUUCUUCAUUGCUUUAAAAAAAGAGGAUGGAAAGUUGUUUUGGAGUCAAGGGGCUAAGAGAGACAAUGAUUUUGCACUGUCUGGCAAAGAAAUGCUCACACACACACAUUCUCAAACAUAAACACACACAACCACACUCCCUCCCACACUCCAUCAAUCUAGCAGCAACUGGGGCAGCGAGCAGAAGUGUGUCAGACUUUUGGGUGCAUGUGCACAUUUACAUGUGUGCAAUUGGGUUCUAGAAACUUCUUUCUAACCAGAGACAUUUUCUUCUUUUUUUUUUCUGUAAAACAUUCAUUCUGCUACCACAGGACACUUCAGAAGAACAAAGACAAAUUCAGUCUUUUUUGGAGAAUGCUUUUUCUAAAUUAGGUCUCCACAUACGGAUUACAGAUUGAUAAGGAUCCUGUGGGACCUUACUUUUCUCUCAUGGUCACUUUUUUUAUUUUUCUUGUAGUCCUGACUUUUGCUUGACUCAAACAGUGCUUUACAACAUGUGCAGACUUUGGAGGAUAGCAGUUUUGCUCUGUGUCAAAUUAGUGGACACUGCGAAUGGAAAUACAGGACUUGUGCCGGAAAAAGGGACAGCAGCUUCCUCCUGCUAUGGGGGUUUUGACCUCUAUUUUGUUCUAGACAAAUCAGGAAGUGUGCAGCAUCACUGGAAUGAAAUAUAUAACUUUGUGGAACAUCUGGCACAUAAGUUCAUAAGCCCACAGUUGCGGAUGUCCUUCAUUGUAUUCUCCGAUCAGGGCAAGAUUUUGAUGCAGCUUACAGAAGACAGGGACCAAAUUCGUAUCGGUUUGGAGGAACUGAAGAAUGUCCGGCCAGGUGGAGACACUUUUAUGCAUGAAGGCAUUCUGAGGGCAAGCGAACAGAUUUACUAUGGUAACUCUGAGGGAUACCGCACAGCUAGUGUCAUCAUCGCCCUCACGGACGGGGAACUGCAUGAAGAUCUCUUCUAUUACGCUGAGAGAGAGGCCAAUCGCUCCCGCAGCCUGGGUGCCUCUGUGUACUGCGUAGGGGUAAAGGAUUUCAAUGAGACUCAGCUGGCCAAGAUUGCUGACAGCAAAGAUCAUGUUUUCCCAGUAAAUGACGGCUUUGAAGCUUUACAAGGUGUCAUUGAUUCGAUCUUGAAGAAAUCAUGCAUAGAGAUUCUUGCUGCAGAACCUUCCAGUAUCUGUGCUGGAGAGGCAUUCCAGGUUGUUGUUAGAGGAAAUGGAUUCCUUCAUGCUAGAAAUGUGGACAAGGUUCUUUGCAGCUUCAGAAUAAAUGACACCCUUACCAGAAUGGUGAAGCCACUGGUAGUGGAGGACACAUAUCUGCUAUGUCCAGCUCCUGUUCUUCGAGAAGAGGGAACGGCAGCUUCCCUUUACGUUAGUAUGAACGAAGGCCUGAGUUUUAUCUCUAGUUCAGUUACUAUCACCACUGUAAGCUGUUCUGAUGGUACAAUCCUGGCCAUAGCACUACUGAUAGUGAUGCUACUGCUGAUUCUGGCUCUCCUGUGGUGGUUCUGGCCUCUCUGCUGCACUGUGAUUAUCCAUGAACCACCACCACCACCAAUAGUGGAAGAUAGUUCGGAUGAUGAAGAGGAUGGAACUCCAAAGAAGAAGUGGCCCACAGUCGACGCGUCCUACUAUGGAGGAAGAGGAGUUGGCGGCAUUAAAAGAAUGGAGGUCCGCUGGGGUGAGAAAGGUUCGACCGAGGAGGGUGCUAAACUGGAAAAGGCAAAGAACGCAAGAGUAAAGAUGCCUGAACAAGAGUUUGAAGCUCCUCCUGCUCGCAUCCUAAAUAAUGGCAUGCGGAAACCACCAGGCCCUCGUAAAUGGUACUCACCCAUAAAGGGAAAACUGGAUGCGUUGUGGGUACUUCUGAAGAAAGGGUAUGAUCGAGUGUCCAUCAUGCGACCACAACCCGGAGACAAGGGUCGCUGUAUGAACUUCACCCGCAUCAAGUCUAAUCCUCCUCCACGGUAUCCAUCCUACAACCACUAUUCUUCACCCAUCUUCACCCCCUCACAGGCCCUCAAUCCACCCCCUCCACAGGGCCAGCUGCCCCCUCCUCCAUGCAGUCCACCGGCCUCACUAUCCUCCAGUUUUCCUCCAGUACCUUCUACUCCUCCUCCUCACACUAUCAACCCAUCUCCACCCAUUACUCCUCCUCCAUCCUAUUCUCCACCCCCCGUCUGGUCUUCAUCCCCUACUGCCCUCUACUUUUCUCCGCCCACAUCUCUUCCACCAUCACCUACUUCCUCCCUGCCCCCACCCCCUCAAGCCCCGCCUCCAGGCAGAGCUCCUCCUCCAGAUCGUCCUCCUCCACGGCCCUGUGUUUAAUGCGUGUGGACUACUAUGAGGGCCUAAAGACAAGGACUGGAAGUAAACAGGAAAUAUAAACUUUCCAUACCCUCCUCAAGAUUCCGCAAGAUUAACGCAAUAAAACGUGACUCACCUGUGGCAUCAAGGACUUUUGCUCCUGUGAAAAGAACAAUGAAAUGGAACACAAGCCACCAUGAAACUCUACAGGGAGCAACACUCAGAAUCACACACUAGGCAUUGCAAAGAAACAAAAAACAAAAAAUCACGUAAGAAGCUCCGGGAGCCAUUUGUGAGUUUAACCAAGCUUUGAGAAUGGAAGUGGCUGGUUCCAUUAAUGGAUUCAUGGAUGUUUCACACUUGCACGCACAUGGGACCAUAUCAUAAAGGAGAUUUCCACGAAAGAGGAAAGUUGAAACAAAGUAACAUUUCAGGAGCUUUCUUGUUCAGAACAGUUGAGAAAAUAUAUGCACGUUUUUAACUAGUAUACAGGUCAACUUCCUUAAAUGGCAAACAUUACAGUGGGUCUCAUUCACUAAAAACUACUCAUGGAUUAUGCAUACUUAAAUUUUUUCGGAUUCACAAUAAGUGUGUAUACUAUGCACACGGUUUGGUUUUUAACCUUCUAAUGUUAAUGAGUUGGAAUUAUUCUAAAUGAAAGACUUGGCCCUACUGUAAUUUGCAUAAACACGCCCAUCUCCAUAUAAGGGUUUUAUGUACAAUGGAAGUUUGCAGCAUACAUGUGACUUCAGAUGGUUCUAAAUUUUAUAAAUUCAAAAUGUUUUAAUGAGAACAUAUUUAUGAAUCAUGAUUUCAACGUGAAAAUAUUCAUACAAUGAUUUUACGCACAAAUAUGCAUAUAUCUGUGGUUAGUGGAUGAGACCCAUUGUCUGAAUUAUUCUUGAUGUAUUUUUAUUCCAUUGAUGGUGAAAAAAAUCUGUUGUAACAAUCUUUUGAAAUUGUUUUCCUUUAAACUAAAUUUAGUUGCAAAAUACAAUCACUUUACAAACAUUUUUUGAUAAAAUGCUUUGCAUUUUAGGAAGGCAAAAGACUGUUGCUGAUUCAGGUCAUUGACAUUUAUUUGUGCAAUAGUAAUUUUAGUGGCUUUGAUUGGGUUUGGGCAGAGGUGUAAAGAGUACCUGAAAACCAUACUUGAGUAAAAGUACAGAUACCUUACAUCCAAAAUGACUCUACUACAAGUUACAAGUAACCAAUUUCAAUACGACUUGAGUAAAAGUCUUAAAGU